CAUAACCACAGAUCGUAAGAAUUGCAUUAUUCCUUACACAUCUGUGCUUUACCUUCUGCUAUUUGUGAGAGGAAGGCGAAAGCUGUAAAAGAGUCGUGGAUGUUGAACACGCCUAUGAUUCUGCACUGUAAGCAAGUGCCGAAGUGGAGCUUUUUGAGUUUGAGCAGCUUUUUGAACUGGUGUCUUUGGACCUCAGCUCAGCUGUGGAGAAUCAGGUUAAGGUACCCUUUUCUUCCUCUGGUUGGACAGUGAUAUAUGGACUUGUACAUGAUGAACUGUGAACUGUUGGCAACAUGCAGUGCCCUUGGGUACUUGGAGGGGAACAACUACCACCGUGAGCCUGACUGUUUGGAAAGCGUGAAGGACUUGAUCCGCUACCUGCGCCACGAGGAUGACACGCGAGACAUCCGGCAGCAGCUGGGUGCUGGGCAGAUACUGCAGAAUGACCUGCUGCCCAUCAUCACCCAGUACAAUCAGGAUAAGCCUCUGUUUGAUGCCUGCAUCAGGCUCAUGGUCAACCUUACCCAGCCUGCACUACUCUGCUUCGGGAAGGUACCAGAGGACCCUGCCUUCAGACACCAUUUCCUGCAAGUAGUGUCUUACCUGCAGGCAUACAAGGAGGCUUUUGCCAAUGAGAAGGUGUUUGGAGUGCUGAGCGAAACAUUAUACAACCUUCUCCAGCUGGACUGGGAGCAGAGGCAGGAGGAAGACAAUUUGCUAAUAGAGAGGAUGCUGCUGCUAGUCAGAAAUGUUCUUCACGUCCCUGCAGAUCCCUAUGAAGAGAAGAAUGUGGAUGAUGAUGCUAGUGUCCAUGACAGGCUACUGUGGGCCAUCCACAUGAGUGGGAUGGAUGACUUGCUGAAGUUCUUGGCCAGUGCUCCAAGUGAGCAGCAGUGGAGCAUGCAUGUGCUGGAGAUCAUCUCUCUCAUGUUCCGUGAGCAGACGCCAGAGCUGUUGGUCAGUGCAGGUCAGGCACGUUCUGCACAGGAGAAGCAGAAGGACAUCCAGGAGUUGGAAGCUUUACGACAAAAAGAACAGGCUGAGAGGAGAACCCGCACGCUGCAGAGGGGCGCAAGGCAUUCUCGCUUUGGGGGCUCCUACGUGGUGAAGGGGCUGAAAUCAAUUGGGGACAAGGAUGUAAUUUAUCACAGAGGUCUUCACAAUUUUAAGAGCUACACACAUGAUCUAGGCAAGGAGUUAAGGCGAGUACCGAAGCGGCAGCAGAUAGCAAAGGACCCAGAAGGCAAGCGUCGGUCUGCUCUCAGUGUGCGCCUCUUCCUGCGGGAGUUCUGCAUUGACUUCCUGGAGAACUGUUAUAAUCGCCUCAUGUACCUGGUGAAGGAGGGCCUUAUCAGGGAGCAAACGCAGCAGCACGACGAAACCUACUACCUUUGGGCCUUAACCUUCUUCAUGGCCUUUAAUCGAGGGCACAACUUUCGACCUGAUCUCGUCUCUGAGACAUUGUCCAUCCGUGCCUUCCACUUCAUUGAGCGCAACAUCACAAACUACUACGAGAUGAUGCUGACAGAUCGAAAGGAAGCCACAUCCUGGUCCCGGAGGAUGCACCUGGCCCUUAAGGCUUAUCAGGAACUGUUGCUAACAGUGAAUGAGAUGGAUCGCUCACAAGAAGAGAAUUUCCGCCAGAGUGCCAGUGUCAUCAAAAGCAACAUAUUCUACCUGAUGGAAUUUCGUGAGAUUUUUUUAACGCUGCUACGUAAGUUUGACGAGACGAAGCAGCCUCGAUCCUUUUUGAAAGAUCUGAUAGAAUCGACUCACUUGUUUCUGCGUAUGCUUGAGCGCUUCUGCAAAGGCCGCAACAACCUUGUUGUUCAGAAGAAGACAAAGCGCCGGAGAAAGGUUCAGAAGAAGCAGCAGCAAGUGGAGAGCACCCCUGAGAUGCUAGAGGAGACCUGGCAGCUGGUGUCAGAGGAAUUGCGGGCAGCAGGUUUUCAGUUGUCAGAGUCGCUGACCGAAGGUACUGUGCCAUUUGAUGCUGCCUCAGAAACACCAAUGGAGGAGCAGCGAACUGAGGCCAUCGUGCGCAUUCAAGACACACUGCUGGCUCGCCAGGGCCCCGAGGCUCUGAGUCUGCUUCGUGCCGCCAGGGAGGUCUGGCCAGAGGGCAAUGCAUUUGGGUCAGCAGAUGUGGAACCAGAGGAGGAGCUGCAGCUGCUGAGACAAAUCCUGUUUGCCAACUUGCCUAGAUCUGCUGAAUCUGCUGUGGAGGAUGAGGAGGGUGGAGCAGAGAUUGAAGAAGAGGAGGAGCUUGAGACUGUUCGUGUGUCAGAGAAAGAGUUCAGCUUCUUGGACUAUGUCAAGAGGUUUGCGAACCCAAAUAUCAUGCGACCCUAUCUACUGCUGCUGAGAUCUUACUCCCAAAACACACCUCACACCAACCACUGCAUCACUCGCAUGUUGCACCGGGUUGCUGUCGACCUCAGGAUGGAUGCCCUGCUCUUCCAGCUCUCAGUUUUUCGCCUCUUUAACAAGAUUCUGGGAGAUCCAGCUGCUUCUGCUUACAAGGAAUUGGUGACCUUCAUCAAGUAUUUGCUGAACCGCUUCUUUACACUGGCGACACACAACAACAAGGCAUUUGUGGAGCUGCUCUUCUGGAAGAAUGUUGGAACUGUGCAUGAAAUGACUGAGGGCUACAGGAAGCCUGGAGAGGAUGAUGGACCAGAGUCAAACAAACGAGCAAAGUGGACAUCUGAAGAGGAGGAGGAGCUGCGGAGGCUGUACGAAGAGCAUCGUGAUUCAGGAGUACCAGACAUCGUGGAAACAUUGUUACCACUGCUGUCAAACAAUUCUCGCACUCGCCGGCAAGUUGUCGCUCAAAUGGUGCACAUGGGCUUGGUGGACAGUUUCAAGGACUUGAAGAAAGUGAGGAGGGGCACUGGCAUUGUCCUCUGGACAGAGGAGCAGGAGCUUGAGCUGCAAACACUAUUUGAGGAGUACAGGAACUCUGAUGAUGUGCUGGGGAACAUCCUGAAGAAGCUGACGGCACGGCGCUCACGAUCUCGGGUCAUAGACAAACUGUUGAGCCUGGGGCUGGUGUCCGACAGGAGGGAGCUGUAUAAGAAGCGGCGCCGGAAAGCUGGCGGCAAAAGCAGUGGCAUGACAGAAGAGGAGUUUUUCUCUGACCUAACUGAUGGGCAGCGAGAGGAGCCCUCUGAUGAAGAUGACAUUGAUGAAGAAGGAAGAGAGCAGUUCUCAGGAGAGAGUGAUGGUGAAGAGGAGGAGGAUGAUGGAGGAUCAUCCCAAAGUCUGCAGAAGAGGAUGAGAGAAAGCAGGAGUGGUAGAAACAUCAAUGUGGGACCUGUGGUACAUGCUCUUAGACAAGAAGGGAUGUCGGGACCUAUCUUGUGGCUCCAGAAUUGCCUGAAUAGAACUGCAGACAAUAAGGAAGAAGAAGGUAUUGCCCAGGCUGUGCCACUUGUUCCGCUGACUGAGGAGAAUGAGAACGCCAUGGAGGACAAGGGUUUCCAGAGGUUGUUGCGAAAACUUGGAAUCCGAGCCCCCGCUGAUGAGCAGGAGUCCUUCUGGAGAAUUCCAGCAAAACUGAGCCCAUCCCAGCUACGGGCAGCUGCUUCCUCCCUGUCAAUCAGUGACGAGAUUCCGGUAGAGGAGAGCGGGUAUGUGGGGAGGAGUUCUGCUGAGGACCAGAGAGAAGAGGCAGAGAGCCAUGAACAGAGAGCCCAGGCUCUCCGAGCACUGCUUCUAGCUCGCAAGUGGAAAGGCGCAGUGGCUGGAUCCCAUGAAAAGCAUUACUCAAUCAAAGAGCCCGAGUUAGACUCUGACCCUGGAGCCCCAAGAGCCGCUGAUGAAAAGAAGACCUCCAGCAAAAGAAGCAGGGUGCUGGAUAGUGAUGAGGAAGAAGAAAAGGAAACGUCCCAAGUAAAUGUAGGGGCUGAUGAAGACCGGGACUCAGAUGACGGCUCACUGCAGGCCCCUGCCAAGCGCAAGCGUCCGAGGGCACUCAUUUGUGAUGAAGAGGACUAAAGCAUCCUGCUGGCACCUGUGACAGAUGUUGACAGCACUCUGGAGACAGGAGAGGUCAUGACAUGCAGAUAGGCACAGACCUUCCCACCUUUGAGACAAAUAUCAAGUAUGAAGAAAUUCAUCCCUAUUAUAACACACAACAGGCAGGAUUUUUCCAGCCUGACCUGGUUUGUGGUUCAGUUCUGUUCAGUUAUGUUUACUGUGAGAACAGAAGUUACAAGUAUUUUAUAGACAAAUCAGCUCCAUUUCUCACAGACAGCAUGCAUAUAACUAUAUGACUAAGGCCAGGGAACCAUUCUUACAAAACGUAAAGUGAAUGUACUCUUUUCUUAAAUUGCCCCUAGACCACAAUUACACAGGCUGGCUCUCUUGUGAAGUUUAAUAAUUAGUUUCUACAUGUUCAACCUAACCAAUGCCUUUUCCCUGUUGUCUUCCCCCUAAAGAACCAGCAAGUCUAAUGUCAUGACUUAUUGGGCAGCAGAUUGACUAGUAAAUCUUAAAAUGUUAAAACUGCAGGUAAAUUGUCUUUGUCCCAACAGAGGAUAAGUGGUAUGCACAUUAAGUGUUUUGUAGUUUCUUCAUAUUUUUGUGCUACAAUUUUUAAAUGCCUGUUUUUUGCAUCUUGUUUAAUAAACUUAAGUUAGUCCUUUCUUCCUGAGAAUGUUCUACGUGUUGUCAGUCAUAUAUAACUUUCUAUGAGGAAAAUAAUUUUGACAAUGAGCCUUGAAUGCUUAUUUACACAGAUAACCCAAAUAAACUGAGAAAUCUUAAA